AAGCAGUGCAGUAAACGGUCUUUGCUAGGCUUGUUCACUUCUGUGUGAAUUGGCAAUGUCAGCAAUUGUACACAGGCUGACGGCUGGUUACUUCUAACAGUUUUUUUUUAUUUCAGUGUCUGCGUUUGUUGUGGCCUAUCGUUUUGUAGAUGCUGAAUUUGACGUCACAGUUUUCUGUCGCUCUCCUUACAGGAACAUCAAUUUACCAUAUGAUCAAAUGCACACAAUUGCUAUAUAAAAAUUUGCCUUCUCUAAUUACAUCAUAUCACUGUAUUUUUAUGAUGAUAUGAUGGGUUAAAUUGUCCUUAAUUUGCCCUCUUUCUGUAACAACUCAAUCCAAUAGUUUUUUUUGACUCUAUCUAACUAAGGACAAUAUAUUUUUGCAUGGAACUCCAUGUACAAAUAGUUGCUGGCUUUGUGUGUGUCUCUGUCCUUGGUAGCAAGCAGCUUGUUUCUUCAUCAGAGACAAUUCACACUUUUUGCACUGUCCUGACAUUCAUGGUGAAUAACUAGAUGUAGGAUAAUGAUAUAACUUUUAGGAGUCAUGUGCUUUUAACAGCAAACAGUGAGGGUGAAAUUAAACUGCACAGCUCUUGAUUUGUCCUUUUUAAAUACCCUGAAAUGCCUGAUAUUUGAUCACCAGGGGCUGGUUUACCUGUUAGCACGUGUCGUACAUAAAUGGACAGAUUCAGACAUGCUUGAGCUUUGCUGGUGGCUGUUCCUGCUUUGAAUUGCUGCUUAUGGUUACUUGAUUCCACCUAUGCAGAUGUGUUUAUUUUCCCCUCUCAUUCCUUUCCACAUCCUUUUUUCUCUCUGUUUCAUUUAUUCUGAGCAGAAUUUUGUUUUUAUGUGUUGGACCUUUUCAUGCUAUCUUUUCAAGGUUUUAACAGAUUGGGUUUUUAAUUAAGGGACACAAUCUGUUUUCCUUCGUGUGCUUUUGUUCUUCCCUUUUUAUUUAUUUCUAAGUUUUUGUGCUAUUGUCAAAUGUAAAUUUCCUUCAUUAUUAGACUGGUGAACAAUACGAUGGUUUACAGAGGUCAUAGUGUUGUUUUGGUGACCAAGCCAUCAUAACAAUUGAACAAAAUGUUUUUUAUACCAGUACUGCUUUAACGUUUUAUAUAUUUUAUUAUGAUUGAUCAUUAUGGAGAACAACGGCAAUAUUAAUAUUAGCUUUUGUGUGCAGCUGGCGAUGUUGUAAUUUUGCUCACGGUGUCGCCAUUUGCCAGUUUAUGGAAAGGAUUUCCACUCCACCCUCUUUUGUGUAGACUAUUUUUCAGCUGCCAUUGCUCUUUUUAUUCAACCAGAGUCGAUCGGGAAGGCUGUCGCUUAUAUUUUGGUUUUUACCUACAUACAGUAUAAUUAUCACUGGAUCUGAACUCGCACCACACUCUAUUCCUGGAGGUUUUGCCAAGAUGCGUCUUCAAACGUUCUACCUCGCUCUCUUCUCUUUGUGUCAUGUCGCGAAUGGGGACGUGAACUAUUCAUUUCAGGAGGAAAUUAAACGCGGAUCACGGAUUGGGAAUAUAGCGAAGGAUCUGAACCUGGACUCUAGCAGACUGUCUUUGAGAAAGGCCCGUAUUGAUGCCGCAGGGAAUCGGAAACGAUACUGUGACAUAAACCUAAGUACUGGAGAUUUAAUUGUUGCCGAAAGGAUUGAUCGAGAGGAGCUCUGUGGAGAAAAGCUGUCCUGUGUAAUAAAACGCGACCUAGUCCUGGAGAAUCCUCUGGAGCUGUACCCUUUUAGUCUGCAUGUUCAAGAUAUUAAUGAUAAUUCACCACAAUUUAAUGAUGAGACAAUAAAUCUAGAAAUUCAAGAGUCCGCAGUCAGGGGAGCUCGUUUUGUGAUCGAAGAGGCGCAGGAUGCGGAUGUAGGACAGAAUUCAGUUCAGCAGUACAGCCUCCAAAAGAAUGAGAAUUUUGUGUUGGCCACUAAUGGAAACACAAUUCAGCUCGUUCUUGAUAAAGAGCUUGAUCGUGAAAAACAACAGGACAUUGAUCUGAUCCUUACGGCUCUAGAUGGUGGCUCCCCUCAGAGAUCAGGCACCGUAGUUAUACACGUCACUGUGCUGGAUGCUAAUGAUAAUGUACCAGUGUUUAGUCAGAGCGUUUAUAAAGCAAAUCUGCCUGAAAACUCUCCUGUAGAUACUGUGGUAGUGACAGUGAGUGCAACUGAUGCAGACGAGGGAGUGAAUGGAGACGUGACUUAUGACUUUGGACAUGUUUCAGAGGAUGUUAGGAAAAUAUUCAGCAUUGACCGUAAAAGUGGAAACAUAAAAUUAAUUGGAGCAAUUGACUUUGAAUCCGUUGCAACAUAUGAUUUGCGCAUUAAAGCAAAGGAUGGUCUAGGAUUGUCCUCAUAUGCAAAAGUAACAGUGGAUGUCACUGACGUUAACGACAACGACCCUGUAAUAUCUGUUAAAUCUCUGACAAGUUUAGUACCUGAGAAUGUUUUACCUGGUACCGAGGUGGGCAUCAUUAACGUUCAGGACCCAGAUGCUGAUGGUAAUCAACAGGUUCGCUGCUCCAUCCAGCAAAAUGUCCCAUUCAAAUUAGUUCCUUCCAUUAAAAACUAUUACUCUCUGGUGACCACAGGACAACUGGACCGUGAACUAGUGUCUGAUUACAACAUUACCAUCAGUGCCACUGACGAGGGUUCUCCUCCUCUGUCCUCCUCUAAAACCGUUCACUUAUCUGUAGCCGACGUCAACGACAACCCACCUGUGUUUGAGGAACAGUCGUACAGCGCAUAUGUGAGUGAAAACAACAAACCUGGCUCCACCUUAUGUUCCGUUGCUGCUCGAGACCCGGACUGGAGACAGAACGGUACCGUGAUCUACUCUCUGUUACCUGCUGAGGUGAACGGUGCCCCGGUGUCGUCCUAUGUGUCAGUGAACGGAGACACGGGGGUGAUCCACGCUGUGAGGUCGUUCGAUUACGAACAGUUCAGGAGUUUUAAAGUGCACGUGAUGGCCAGAGACAACGGUUCUCCUCCUCUCAGCAGCAACGUGACCGUCAGUGUGUUCGUGUCGGAUGUGAACGACAACUCUCCUCAGAUACUGUACCCCGCCCCGGAGGGCAACUCGUUCAUGACCGAGCUGGUCCCCAAAGCUGCACACGGAGGCUCUCUGGUGUCCAAAGUCAUAGCGGUGGACGCGGACUCCGGACAGAACGCCUGGCUGUCCUAUCACAUAGUCAAAUCCACUGAUCCGGGACUUUUCACCAUCGGUGUCCACAGCGGAGAGAUCAGGACGCAGAGGGACGUUUUAGAGUCUGACAGCAUGAAGCAGAACCUCAUUGUGUCGGUGAAAGAUAACGGACAGCCCUCUCUGUCUGCCACCUGUUCCAUGUAUUUACUGAUCUCUGAUAACUUGGCUGAGGUGCCAGAACUGAAGGAUAUUUCUUACGAUGACAAGAAUUCCAAGCUGACGUCGUAUCUGAUCAUUGCUCUGGUGUCCGUGUCCACGUUUUUCCUGACCUUCAUCAUCAUCAUCCUGGGUGUGAGGUUCUGUCGUAGGAGGAAGCCCAGACUGUUGUUUGACGGAGCAGUAGCCAUCCCCAGCGCUUAUCUCCCUCCUAAUUACGCAGAUGUUGACGGCACAGGAACUUUACGCAGCACUUACAACUAUGACGCCUACCUGACAACAGGCUCUAGAACCAGUGACUUUAAGUUCGUGUCAUCCUAUAAUGACAACACGCUGCCUGCUGACCAGACUCUGAGGAAGAGCCCAUCAGACUUUGCUGAUGCUUUUGGAGAUUCGGAUGGUUCUCCUGAGGUAGGCACUUGUCAUGUCACCACUGUAAGAUCUGCUGAACCAGUGAUUUACAGCCUUUCGUGUCGUUCUUCUUUUUAUUAAUUUCGUACAUCGCUUAGUACGCCUUAAAAAUAAGCAGCGCAGUGAACGUUAACUACUAGGCUUCUUCCCUUCUGUGUGAAUUGACAAUAUCAGCAAUUGUACACAGGCUGACGGCUGGUUACUUGUAACAGUUUUCCAAAUUCAGUGUCUGCGUUUGUUGUGGGCUGUCGUU